AACCGGAUGUCCAAAUAUUCCAGCAGCCAGAGAGAUGCCUUCGCCGUGCCCUCGCCUUCAGUGAGCAGGGAAAACAGGGAGCCACGAAAACCGCAGGGGAUUAAACAACGCGAGCCACUGGUCUUCUUCAUCAUGCGUCUCAACCUGAAAGCCGUGCUACUCAUCCUCACCGUGGCCGUGGUGGUCAUCACCCUGGGCGUCUACAUGCGCUGCGCCGCCUUCACCUUCUCGCCGGACUUUGUGCGUCCACUGGACCGCGCGGCCAGCAGGCAAUCCUCCGGCGCAGGAGAACCCACCGCCCUGCAGGACAUCGAGUGCUCCAUAAACCAGGAGUACAGCGUGCACUGCAAGCGGGACGAGAACGCCAACGAGGUGUACGUGCCGUUCUCCUUUCUGCGCAACUACUUCGACGUCAGCGGAGCCGUGUCCACCACCGGCAGCGAGGUGGCCAGGUUCAACUGGGUGCACAGCACGGCCAAGGUGAACCUGCCCAGGGGCAAGUACGAUCCACGCGGCGUCUUCAUGUACUUCGAGAACUACAACGUGGAGGUGCGCGACCGGGUGAAGUGCAUCAGCGCCGCCGAGGGCGUGCCGGUGAGCACGCAGUGGGAGAAGCGCGGCUACUUCUACCCCACGCAGAUAGCCCAGUUCGCUCUGUCGCACUACAGCAAGAACCUCACGGAGCCGCCGCCCAGGGUGCGCGUUUUGGAGGACGGCGACGGGAACCAGAUGGACUGGAGCACUCCCAAGACGAGCAACAUGACGCGCAUCUGGCACCACAAGUUCAACACCAGCGUAGUGCAGUUCGAGACGGCACCGGGCUACGAGGGCGCCAUUAGCAUCGCCCUCAACCAGACGCUGGACCUGCUGCUCAGCGUGGACCUGCUGCUGGUGACCAACAGCAGCAGCCUCAUGGUCACCGUCCAGAACCGGGACACCCGGCACAGCUACACUUUGCACUACAUACCCGCCGACCUGCUGCUCAGCGUGCAGGACUCGAAUAUCUACUACGGUCUGGGCGGAUCGGCGCUUAACAAGUGGCGUCACAUCACUCGGGACCUGCACAUCGACGUCCAGAAGGGAAUAGUCCUGGGGGACAAGCGCUCGCCGUUGAAGGUGCGCCGCUCCGACCUGGAGGUUCUUUCCAUUGGCUUCCUGGGCCUGGGCUUUUACGACAACAUCACUCUGUCCACCAGCGAGCAUCUGGCCCACUUCUACGAUGCGGCAGAGUGGUUUAUCCACAACCAGGACCGCAAGACGGGUGGCUGGACCAAUCCGGUGCGCCGCAGCCUCAACGGCUUUGCCGAGCUGCGACCGGGCUGGAUCUCGGCCAUGGGCCAGGGCCACGCCAUCUCGGUGCUCUCACGCGCCUACUGGCACUCCGGCGAUGAGCGCUACCUGCGGGCGGCCGCAGCCGGUCUGCAGCCAUACAGGGUUUACUCGCGGGACGGCGGCGUUCUUGCCCAGUUCAUGGACAAGUUCUACUGGUACGAGGAGUAUCCCACCACGCCGCCGUCCUAUGUGCUGAACGGCUUUAUCUAUUCUCUACUGGGCUUGUACGAUCUCAACAGCACUGCGCCAGCGAAAAUAGCCCGCGAUGCUGGGAAGCUGUUCGCCCAGGGCAUGUACUCGUUGAAGAAGAUGCUGUUGCUCUACGACACCGGCUCUGGGACCAGCUACGACCUGCGCCAUUUGAGCCUGGGCGUGGCUCCCAACCUGGCGCGCUGGGACUACCAUGCCACGCACGUGAACCAGCUGCUUCUGCUGGCCACCAUCGACAGCGAUCCGCUGAUUGCGCAGACAGCGGAGCGCUGGAAGGGCUACAUGUUUGGCCGGAGGGCCAAGCACAACUGAGAACUAAGGAAACUGGCGGCCUAUCGCCGUCGAAAAAGUGAUAUUUUGUAGGGCUUACGUAUUGUGCUUAACCAUUCUAAAUGGUUGCACCUGGUGCCGUGCCCUCACACUCCUGACCCGCAAAUAUUUCGCGUUUCUAUUGUGUUAUUUCCGACCUCGUCCUUGUGCUAAAGUCCUAAUUUGGCUCGUCUAGCCAGGCGUCCAAUGUUAAGCUGUUGUACCUUUACCUUCGAUUGCAUUAUCAGAUGUUGGCCUCGUCUUUGAAAAUUUGUUAAUCCCCCCUAUUUGAUAGCUUAAUUGUUUGCCGAGAGUAGAUGCACGCGCACUCACUGGACAAUAUCUAGAAAUGAACAUUUAACACUUACUGUUUUAGUCAGACUUUUUUACUGCGCAAACUAAGUAGAGUUCGUUACUACACCUUCCUGUAUAAAGUAAUAUAGAGAGCUUAGCGUAAUAGUUGUAGAACAUAUGUAGGUAGUAUCCGUAUCCGUUAGAUACAAACGUAGACUCUUGUAUUUAGCCUCCCGUGCAGAGGUAAUAGUAGCGUUCCCACUCAUGUACUAACUGCCCAGACCCC